GGAUAAAGCAAUGGAAAGAAUGGCAAUGUAAAUGACCCAACCAGAACACUAGAAGUGUCAAUUCAAGUGUCGAGAACAGGGGCACCAACAACGUGGAUGUACAAGUGCAAACAAAAGCUGCACCAAAGGCAAAUCAGAAGGUUAAUGCACAGUUUCUGGUUGCAUAUUAUUAGGGAAUGGUUAUGCAUUUGAAUACAUAAAUAAAAUAACAAGGGUGGUGUUUUGUCAUUAGAAUGAACUUUGGAAUUGACAUUCAUUAUCAGUUGACAUAGAUAGGUUGGCGAAUGGGAUUUCAUCUUUACUCUAAGAGUGGGCGUACCCAAUGAGACUGAUCAAUGUUCAUUUCCUUCUUAGUAAGUGUGAAGUUUGGGCUCAUCGGUAGUCUCCUAAAGGUCCUAAACUAUACAACUCUGUGAUUUUGAUGUAUUUUUUGAUUCUCCUUGCUGCUUUAUUUAAUUUGUACCAAACUACUAAUUGACCAAUGUAACUACUCCUGGGGAGGGCUUAUGACUUGUGAGGGAACACAGUAGUAGAAAGGGGAAAUACAGUUGAUAUGUCAGCUAGCAUUCUAGCAAUUAUUACCUCACUUAAUUAACAAGCUAGUCACCUCUCAAACUUUAGCGGUUAGUAUUCCAAUUCCCAAAUCUGUUUCAUAUAUAUACCCUUGACUGGCUUUCAUUUGUUGCACAACCUCUUCAUAUCUUCCACACUCCAACAUAAACCACAGUUCUCUUUCUCAAUCUGUGAACCUCCAUCUCUUAUCAGCACAGAUAGAAAACUAGUGAAGCAUCCAAAUCUUGCAAAUAGCCUCUAAAUUUAGUACAAGUUGAAAAAAAGGCCACAUAACCAACCUAGUCUUGCCUUCUUCAUCUUUAGUUUCCUUCAACCCUCAUAUAUUUUCUUUCUCUUGGUGAAUAUGUCGGCUGCCGUGGAAGCUAUGUCUGCAACCAAAGAUGUCGGUUUCAGUUCUCAAGUGCAGGAAGUGGAGUUUAAGAAUGAUAAGAACAGCAACAAGGAUGCAGGUGGCGAACCAAGCCUGCAUCACCAUGACGAAAAUGAUGAGCUUAAAGAUGAGGUUGAUCCAGAUGAAGAGGAUGAGCUUGCCACAUUCAAAUGUGACAAAGAAUUGGUUCUUGGCCCCAAGUUUUCUCUCAAGGAGCAGCUUGAGAAGGAUAAAGAUGAUGAGAGUUUGAGGAAAUGGAAGCAGCAACUUCUUGGGAGUGUUGAUCUCUCUGCACUAGCUGUUGGAGAGAGUAAAGAAGCAGAAGUGAGGAUUUUAAGUCUGACAAUGAUGUUCCGGGAGCGGCCUGAACUUGUGCUGCCGAUUCCAUUCACCAACAAACCAAAGAGCAGUCUUUUCACACUCAAAGGAGGAAGCAAGUACCGAACCAAAUUCACAUUCACUGUCUCCAAAAACAUUGUCUCAGGCCUCAUGUACACCACCUCUGUCUGGAAGACUGGUGUCAAAGUGCACAGUUCAAAAAGAAUGCUUGGAACCUUUAGUCCUCGACCAGAUCCUUAUACGUAUGAAACCGAAGAAGAUACUACCCCUUCAGGCAUGUUUGCAAGGGGCUGGUAUUUUGUGAGAACAAAAUUUCUGGAUGAUGAUGGAAAAUGCUAUUUGGAUGCUAGUUACUACUUUGAAAUCCAGAAGAACUGGGCAGCACCCUCUUGAAAUCUUUUUCAUUUCCGCAUUAUCUUGUCAUAAUUAAUUGGCUUGGUGAUGGUUUCAAAUGACCAUUUUAAUUUAGUGAGUGAUGGGAAUAAUAUUUCUCUGGCAUGUUGUAUCUUAAUUGUAACCAUGUUUCUAUGGGAAAAUUGCAAUCCAAAUUUCAAUUCAAUA